CAUUGUGCUAUGUCCAAGUCCAAAUUCGUAAAUGACGUCGUUGAAAAUUCGAGGUCGGAUCCGAGGUAAAUAAAAUAAUUGAUAAUCUUAUCAGUUCAGUUUUGUGUAUGGUGUUGGACCAUAAAAGUAUGAUUCAAAAAUAGCUUUGAUCGUCUAUAAGUCGUGAGUUCUGAAUCGGUUUUUCGUUAAGUUAAUACCGAUCUUCAUGUUUUUGUUGAGUUAUGAAAGUAAUUGAGAGAAAUUAACGUCAACAAUAUCGAAUUCAAGAAUUAAUAAAAAUAGUCAAGGCUACUAUGUUCAUGUCGAAAAGAUUAAGUUACAUUGGGCUGUUACUGUUUUUAGGUGUGAUAAGUAAGGUUACAUCUACUACCUCUACAAGCCCGCCUGAUGCAAAACCCCAUUGUAUAUGGUAUGGAGAAUGCUAUGAGGAUCCUGAUACCGAUUACAAAAAGAAUUGUCCUUAUAACGGUCCUCCCAAAUCGUUAGUUACUAAUAAUGCUACUGAAAUACUAAAAAAGCGCUGUCCAUUUUUAUCACCAGAGGCUGUUUGCUGUGCGGACGAUCAGGUGGUAACUUUUGAGGCAAAUUUAUUUCGUCUUCAAGCUCUCAUGGGAAGAUGUCCGCCUUGUUUGAAUAACAUAAUAACAACGUUUUGUUAUACAACAUGUGCAACGAAUCAAUCAAAAUUUAUGAAAGUUUCUGGAACCGAUAUUAACCCGGAUACCAAUCAAACCUAUAUAACUUCAGUGAACGUUUACAUGAACGGUAGUUACAUGCAAAAUGUGUAUGAUUCUUGUAAACAAGUCAGUUAUCCAUCAACUGGAGGAAAGGUAAUGGAUUUGAUGUGUGGCGCAUGGGGGUCAGUCAGGUGUAGUGCACAGAAAUGGUUCGAUACUUUGGGAGAUCCUGAAACUCCUCUAGUACCAUUUCGGAUAAAUUUCACAAACACUUCCACCAUAACAAAUGAUAUAACUCCACUAUCAACUUACGUUACGCCCUGUAGUAAAUCACUUGAUGGGGUUUCACCUGCGUGUAGCUGUGUGGAUUGCCAAGAAAGUUGUCCUGCGCCACCUCCAACACCCUCACCUACGCCCCCAUUUAAAAUAGCAGGAAUGGAUGGCUACGUUUUUAUAAUGAUAAUUGUUUUUGUUGUCGGCACUGUUAUCUUUCUAAUUUCUGUUGUUGUUUGUUUUGACAAAAUUAAUCUAGCAUUAAUAACUGAUUCGGAAGUUUUGUCGACAGUUGUCCGUAAAACGACAUCACCAAGUCAUCAUUCUUCUCAAAUAGCUCUAGGAGAUGGUGAAGAAAGUCCAUUACAAACACCAAGUACUUCAUCUUCGGAUCAAAGUCAAGAAAUGGAAAUACAGUCUGUUCCGAAAGGAUUACGUUUCAUAGAAAAAUUGGGCGUUAACACAGAUGCAUUCCUACAAAAUAGUUUUGAAAAAUGGGGUACUUUUUGUGCCCAGAGGCCGUUAUUCAUUUUAUUUCUAGGGACCUGUUUGGUUAUAACGCUUGCAGCUGGGAUUAAACAGUUACAGAUUAUUACAGAUCCGGUGGAAUUAUGGGCAUCUCCUACUUCCCGUAGUCGAAUCGAAAAAGAAAUAUUCGACAGCAACUUUCAACCAUUUUACCGUACAGAACAAGUUAUUAUCAGAGCUGUAAAUUUAUCGAAUAUACAUCAUAAUACUUCAGACGGAAUUCUGACAUUCGGGCCGGCUUUUAACGAAGAGUUUUUAAUAUCCGUUCUCGCUCUACAAAUGCAAAUUCAAGCUAUAGGAGCCGGAACUUCACAUAGCUUCGAUAAAAUAUGUUUCGCUCCUUUGAGACAGGAGAAUCAAAAAGUUACCAAAGUUUCCGAAUGCGUAGUUCAAAGUAUUUGGGGGUAUUACAAAAAUAGUAUUAAAGACUUUGAUAAACGCACUAUUGAUCCUGCAGGAUAUGUAUCUACAUAUUUGGAUAAAUUUGUCAAGUGUGCGACAAAUCCGUAUGAUCCUUCCGAAUGCCUCGCUCCAUACGGAGGACCCGUCGAUCCUGCUGUAGCCAUGGGUGGUUUCCUUGAACCAGGAGAAAAUUUAGCCAAACAUCCAGAUUAUAAGAAAGCUAAUACUGUCAUUUUAACCUUCAUAGUUAAUAAUUACCACAACAAAAGUUUAUUAACGCCCGCAAUGGAAUGGGAAGAGGAAUUUGUAGCGUUUAUGAAAAAUUGGACGUCUGGGAACCAUUCUCAUAUGGAUAUCGCUUUUACUUCUGAGAGAUCUAUAGAAGACGAACUUGAUAAAGAGAGUAGAUCUGAUGUAGUCACCAUACUAAUUUCUUACAUGAUCAUGUUUGCUUAUAUUGCCAUAUCUCUAGGACAAAUAAAUAAGUGUUCUAGACUUUUAAUCGACAGCAAAAUCACUCUAGGACUUGGUGGAGUAUUGAUAGUACUAGCAUCAGUGGUAUCUUCGGUUGGUUUAUUCGGUUUUGUAGGAGUACCAGCAACUCUCAUCAUAAUUGAAGUAAUACCAUUCCUAGUGUUGGCCGUUGGGGUCGACAACAUUUUUAUUUUAGUACAAACACAUCAAAGAGAUACUAAACAACCAAACGAAACGCACGCCCAGCAUAUCGGUAGGAUUUUAGGACAAGUAGGGCCGUCUAUGUUGUUGACCAGUGUUUCUGAAAGCUGUUGCUUCUUCUUGGGUAGUUUAUCCGAUAUGCCGGCUGUUAAAGCAUUCGCACUGUACGCCGGCAUGGCCCUACUUUUUGAUUUCUUAUUACAAAUCACUUGUUUUGUCAGUUUGAUGGCUUUGGACAUUGCAAGACAAUCGGCAAAUAGGUUUGAUAUAUUCUGCUUUAUUCGCGGUUCAAAGAAAAACGAACCCACAACGUCAGGCGAUGGUUUACUUUAUUCAUUUUUCAAACACAUUUAUGUACCUACACUUAUGAACAAACCCGUAAGAUGUAUCGUAAUGAUUGUAUUCUUCGGAUGGUUGUGUUCCUCUAUAGCUGUAACUCCCCACAUAGAAAUCGGCCUCGAUCAAGAACUUUCGAUGCCCGAAGACAGUUUUGUACUCAAAUAUUUCAAGUCACUUAAAGAUUAUUUGAGCAUAGGACCACCGGUAUAUUUUGUGGUGAAAAGUGGAUUAAAUUACAGUAAUGUCGAUUCACAAAACUUGAUAUGUGCGGGGAGGUAUUGUAGGAGCGAUUCCUUAGUAUCCCAGUUGUAUAGCGCAAGUGAAAGUCCGGAAGUUACAUACAUAGCUCGACCACCUUCUAGUUGGUUGGAUGAUUAUUUCGAUUGGGCGGGUUUAGAAACUUGUUGUAAAUAUAGACCGAAAGAUCAUGGUUUUUGUCCUCACAACAUAGCUGAUUGUGAGUCUUGCAAUAUAAAAUUCGCUGGUAAAGAACAUAGACCGAUUCCUGAAGAAUUCGACCGUUAUAUUUCAUUUUUCUUAAGGGAUAAUCCAGAUACCGAUUGUCCUAAAGGAGGACACGCCGCUUAUGGUCAAGGAGUAAAUUAUACCACUAACUCCAACAAGUUAUCUACUGUCGAGGCCUCUUAUUUCAUGACAUAUCAUACAAUCCUGAAAACAUCGGAGGAUUAUUAUGAAAGUAUGAGAGCAGCUAGAAAAAUUGCUGCUAAUCUUACAAAAACAGUUGGGGUCGAAGUUUUUCCUUAUUCAGUUUUUUACGUAUUCUACGAACAGUAUUUAACCAUGUGGCCAGACACAUUAUUCAGUAUCGGUGUAAGUUUGCUGGCCAUUUUCGUAGUUACAUUCAUUCUUAUGGGGUUGGAUAUAUUUUCGAGCGUAGUAGUAAUAAUAACUAUAACUAUGAUUAUAGUUAACCUAGGCGGUCUGAUGUAUUGGUGGCAUAUAACUUUAAACGCAGUAUCUCUAGUCAAUUUGGUUAUGGCCGUCGGUAUAUCGGUGGAAUUUUGUUCCCAUUUAGUCCACAGUUUUUCAAUGUCUGUAAAAUCGUCGAGAGUGGAGAGAGCAUCCGAUGCUUUAACAAGAAUGGGUAGUUCGAUAUUUUCAGGAAUUACCUUAACUAAAUUUGGAGGUAUUAUCGUAUUGUACUUUGCUAAAUCUCAAAUAUUCCAAGUUUUCUACUUCAGAAUGUAUUUGGGAAUAGUACUGUUCGGAGCCGCACAUGGACUUAUUUUUCUACCAGUACUACUCAGUUUUAUUGGAUCUCCCCCCAAAAAAGAGAAGUUAAUGGACCGUUGGAGUAUGAAAGGAGAACAUUUCCAAGAAAGUUAUUUCAGAAGAGCUUAAUGAAAACGAGACAACGUACACCAUCGUUGGUGGAAUCUAUUGGACCAACAUCUGUGUCACCUCUACUGCCAGGUACAUCAUAUACUAACUACGAAACUGUUGAUCAAGCAUAUAAUAAAUAGUUUUCAUACUAUUCAAGUAUUUUUCCUGUGAUAUGAUUGACCUUUGUUGACGUUAAGUCAGUUUUAUUUUAAGUUAUGUUCCUUACUGUAGUAACCCAAAUGACAAUAUGGUCAAUGUAAUUGCUUUUCGACAUUAAAACACUAGUUUUGUAUUUUUUUAACAACUAAAACAACAAGAAUAAAAUACUGAUCCCACGUUACAUCAAGUUGGUGUUUCUUGAACCGUUUGUGGUAUUCAUACUCAUCUACAACUCCAAUUUGGUCUUUAGAUUACAAAACGAUAAUUUAUGUGUGUGAUUGUAAUACAUUGUCCGUUCCUGUUUGAGAUUUUCAAAGGUUGCUGGUGAAUACCAGGCUCCAAGGACCAGGACCAGGACCAGACAGUGUAAUUAAUAAUGGUGGUAAACCAGUAUGUAUUUCUUAUUGCAGUUUUAAUUGUUGAAUCUAUGAUCAAAUUAUUUUAAUCGGUUGUAAAUAGAUAAAUACAUUUUAUAGGGAAAGCAUUAAAACUAAUUUCCAGCGGGGUACUUUUUUUCGUAACCGUUAAAACUACCCCUAAACGUUCUGUAUGUAAUAUAUUUUGAUAAUUUUCAUAUUCUUCAACUCCGUAAUCACUUAAUUCACUUUUUUAUUUUGAUUUUGAGGUGUACCAGUAUUGGACCAAUUUUUUUGUACUCGUUCCAUUGUAAUUUAUUUCAAAAGAUAAUAUAAGUAUCAUCGUUAUAAUUUUAAAUAAAAUUUGUUGUCGUUUUUGAAUAAUUUAUAGUAUUUAAAAUGUGGUGCAUAAAAUUUUACAUUCGUUUAAUCAAAUUGAUCAUAGGGUCUUUGGGAGAGAGCUGGCUACAAAGAAAACGUUUAAAUUAUUGAACUACUUAUAACUAAAACAUUUCGCAAAGAAAAAUUAUUUUUUUUAAUGCCUUAGGCCACCGUAGAGGCCGAAAAAAUAGGUUUUUGAGAAUUUAUUUUCAGAAAUACUACAAAAUAAAUCAAGAUAAUAGUAUGAGUCCAGCCAACCUAAAAAAUCCAGUAUUGAGAUAAACUCUGAAAUCCUUAAUCUGCAAUUGUGCACUUAAAGGCCAUCAUUUUUGUGAUCCAUUGAAACCAUUUGAAAUAAAAUACGAUUAUUCGAAAAUUCUACUGUCCUAAGGCAUAAAUUCUCUUACUUUUUCCCUUUUAACUUAUUCAUUAUUAUGAUUAAUAGAAUAAUAGAAACUUUAUAAUUAAGUAGAUCAAUUUUACAAUUUUCUUUGUAUUACACUUUGUAUAUUUUAUAAAAUGCUUUUAAAACAUUGUCUAUUAAAAAAAAACAACUUUGGAUUCUUAUCUUGCCCUCUAAUAUGUUUGUAACAUUAGAAAAACGAUGGAAAUAAUUAGAAUCUGUUUUUUUAACCACUGAAUGUGAUAUUUGUAUGCCUUCACGGAUGUUUUUGGAAACUCCAAUUUGUUAGAAUGUUAUUUGUUUCAAAAAUUAUUAAUGGAUUCUAGUUUUUUCUAUUCGCAUUUUCGAAGCUGAUUUAUCCAUUGUAAAUGUUCUACAUUCCUCGAAUGUUAAAAAAAAUACAAGACACAUUUUGUAUUUUUGUAAAUAUUUUUGGAAGCAUUGUACUUAGCCAACACCUCUAAUACAUGUAUUUUUAUU